CGUUUACGAUCUCAAAAUUGUGCUCCCUUCUGCGUCCACGUAAAUAGAAAUGAUGUGUUAAUACAUCAUACGCGUACACAGUUAGGUUAAAAAAAAAGUUUUCAAAAUUGUCAAAGCAUGAUUUAUACUUAUAGUAAAAUCGCUGACAUGAAAACAACACGACAUGUGUAUCACGCAUCAGUCACGUGAUGUGUAGAACAGCAGAUGGUCUCACAACGUUUUAAGACAAUACAUGAUUUAUAGCUCGUAGGGUUGCAUAGCGCUAUUUCCUUUGUAAGAGAAAGCGUUUUCGCGCAGCAAACACUAAAGCGGCAUUACGUUUCAGGUUCGCUAUACAAAGCAGCAGUUUUAGUGCUGUGCUCAACGUUUCAGAAUGAUAGAACUCGUGUUAACCGAUUUGAGUAUUGCCCCGACAAUACUAACGCUCAUUUGCUUAUUAUUGUUUUAUACUUGGUAUCGAAGACCCUCUCGAUUUCCACCUGGACCUCGCGGUUUCCCAAUCGUCGGAGUUUUGCCGUUCCUAGAAAAAUACUCAGAGCGAACGAUGCACAAAUGGAGCAAGAAAUAUGGUCCGGUGAUGUCGGUGAGAAUGGGAAAUGAUGAUUGGGUUGUCAUGGGAAACUACGAAGCUGUUUAUCAGAGCUUCGUGAAGGCAGGCAGUGCAUUCUCGGGCCGUCCGUACAUGAAAUUGGCGAAUGAAAUAACUGAGUGCAAAGGACUUGUUAUGAGAGAUUUUAACCCAACAUGGAAGACACAGAGAAAGUUUGGACAUCUUACCUUUCGAGGGUUCGGGGUUGGUAAGAAGAGCUUAGAAAAUCGAAUCUAUGAAGAGGUGGAGGUAAUGAACAAAGAAAUUCUUUCAAAAGGAGGAAAACCAUUUGACAUUUCUGAAAUCUUGACCAACGCAGUCAUGAAUGUAAUCUGCAACAUAACUGCCGACCAAAGGUUUGAAUAUGACGACAAGAACUUCCGGUUACUUCAGCAUAUUCUUACGAAAUGGUUCCUGGAACCUGAGAACACAGCUGCUUUCGCGAACAUGAUAUUUGUUCCUUUGCUUUGCAAUAUACCCCCUUACCGAAGCAAGUAUUUGGAAGUAAAGCGGGACAUGAUGCAAAUGGCCGACGUUUUUCAAGAACUGGUAGACCAACACAGAAUAUCUUUCGACAAAAAUAACAUUCGAGACUUUAUUGAUGCUUUCAUUUGCGAGGUUGACAAUGGAAAAGACGACAGUUUUACAGUAAUAAUAACUUAUACAAAUGAUAAGUAAAAGGUUCAUUUAAUAUAGGCUAUAGCAAAAACAGUGUAUUGCGACACGAAGUGUAAGCUAACUCGAACCAAAAUGUACAACUUUCGUUAA